GCCUUUCUUGGGCUCUGCCGCAAACGCGCCAUGCCGCCCGAAGCGAAUUGGGGGCCCUCUGGACAAUCCUGGCCGCAACCGCUCCGUGCCCCGUGUGGGGGCCCGGGGCCCAUUGCUCCUCUGGGGGCUGUGCCGGAGGGAUGCGCGGAGCUCUCGCCCAAGCAGCUGACGCAGCAGGCCUUGAAGGCCUGCGGCCAGCGCUCGGACUGGCAGGGCGCGGUGGCGGCGGUGGGCCUGGGCUGCAGCUCGCCGAAGAGCAGCGCCCUGGCCAUGGGCGCCUGCGGGAAGGCCAGCCGCUGGCCGCAGGCGCUGUUCUUGCUGCACGACUGUCAACGGCAGGACGGGGUGAUGUGCAACAUCGCUCUAAGCAGCUGUGCAAAGGCGCAGCAGUGGCAGCGAGCACUGGGCUUGUUGGAGGAGAUGGGCAAGAUGAGCAUCCAGGAGGACACCAUCUCCUACAACUGUGCCAUCAGCGCAUGCGGCAAGGCCUUGCAAAGCUUCACGGCGCACCGGCUGAUCGAGCAGAUGGAAGGACGGCGCCUGGCGCCCUCGGUGGUCACCUUCGCCUCCGCCAUGGACGCGUGCAACCGGGGAGGCUUCUGGCAGCUCACGCUGACGCUGGUCGCCCGCCUGGAGGCGCACAGUGUGGAGGCGAACGAGUACAUCUACGAUGCUCUGAUCCACUCCUGCGCACUGGGCGGCAGGUGGCAGCAGGCCCUGGUCUUCCUGUCGCAGAUGUCGAGCCGGGACCUGGCGCGGAGCGCCUCCUCCUUCCACGCCGCCAUCGGCGCCUGCGGCGCCUGCGGGCGCUGGGCGGAGGCCGUGGAGCUGCUGGCAGAGCUGGGCCAAAGGCGCCUGGCCAAGAUCAGCAGCUACCAGGUGGCGAUCAACGCCUGUGGGCCCUUCUGGCAGCAGGCGCUCCAGGUGGCCGCCAGCUGCGCGUCCCAGGGCUUCGGCGCGGAUCUGCGGCUGCAGACGGGGCUGGUCGCCGCCUGCGAGGCCGCGUCCAGCUGGGCGCAGGCUCUGAGCUUGUUCCACGGCAUGCCGGAGGCCAAGAUCCGCCAGGACGAGCAGAGCUUCAACGUGGCCAUCCGCGCUUGCGCCAACUUGGAACUCUGGGCGAACGCCCUCAGCCUGCUGCAGAGCGCCAACGAUGGGAAGCUGAGCAGCGUGAUCACCUACAACUCCGCGCUCAAGAGUUGUGCCGUGAACGCCCAGUGGCAGAUCGCGCUUGCGCUGCUAAAAGACGCGGAGGAGCGCGGGAUCAAGCGUGACAAGGUCUCCCUCGGCACUGCGUGCACCGCCUGCGCUGACCAGUGGCAGCAGGCUUUGCACCUCUACGCUUCGGCGGGUGAAGGCACGUCGGAGUUCCUGGUGACUGCAGCCGCGCUGGCCUGUGCCAAAGCCCAGAAGUGGCAGCAGGUGCUGGUCCUCUUUGAGGCCCUGCCGAAGGAGUCGCGGUUGGGGGUGGAGCUGUACACCGCAGCCAUCGAUGCCUAUGGGCGCGGCAGCCUGUGGCGACGGAGCAUGCGCUUGCUCGGCUCCGCGCUCAAAGCGCGGGAGGCCAACCUGGCCACCUUCACCGCGGCGGCCACGGCGGUGGCCGGAGAGAAGCGGCUCUGGCGCCAGGUGCUGCAGCUGCUGCGCGACGUGCGCCAGCAGUCCUUCCAAGCCGACGCGGCCUUGUUCCGCCUGGGGGUCAUGGCCUGCGAGCGCGGCUCCCAGUGGCAGCUCUCUCUGAGCCUCUUCGCCCGCUUGGAGAACCUCCGCGCAUUGGAGCCGGGCGGCUCCGGCGAGGCGAGGCGGCCGGAAAGAGACAAAGUGCGAGCCGCGAGCCGCGAGCCGGGGCUGGGUUUGUUUGAGGUGCGAUCCGCGCGGAUUGAAGCUGAAACUUAA